AUGAAGUUUGUUCAGAAAUUUAUGCAGAUCGGGCGCACAACGACCCACUUUCAACAACUUGAUGCUGAACCUCGAAUCGCUGGAAAUUCAUCUUCUAUUUUCCCAGGAGGUCCUCCACCAUCUUAUCGUUCUUCGACGAACGCUGAUGAUAGCGCCACAUUUAGCACUGCAGAAUCAUCCAGCGUUGCAACACCAACAUAUUCCAUCAAACGACGUAAUUCUUGGACAAAUUUAAUCGCAAGUAAUGAAAAUUCGUGCAAGAAAGAUUUACUACAUUAUAUGGAACCACUGUACGCAACAACAACAGGUUGCGUCAACAUUGCAAUGCCCGCUUUUUACACGUGGACUGGCAAUAUUUACGGAAAUAAUUAUCAGUUCCCGGAAAAGUACAAUUUAAAUGGGCGAUAUGCAAAACAUUUUACACCUUUCUAUGUGUUAAAUUCUGCUGGCGACCCAAUUGCGAUAUCCAAAUUGGAAUUAACUUUUCAGAAUUGUGGAUCACUAUAUAAAUUAAAUGGCUCAAAAAAGUUGUCAACAAAUUUUUCGAAACGCGAUCGAAUGAAUGAAUUAAGGGAAUGGUUUCAAAAACCAAAGAAUAAAUCUUAUGCAUUUAUCAUAUUAUUUUUGAUCAUUACGUUCUGCAUUAUAGCUGCUAUCUUACUUCUCAAUAAACAAUUCACACGGGAAUCGCGAAAGUUUUCUUGGAUACCGCCGCUUAUAUUUCGUAACCAGCAGGGGAAUUCGACCGUAGUCAGAAUGUAUCAGAAUGAUCAUCAAGUUAGAUUCGAAGUAUUGGGAAAUCUUCCGAUUAAGAAUAACUACAUUGCUAUAUAUGAUUUUGCAGUGAGAAGAAUAGCAAUAAUUGAUUCAACUCUAAAAGAUAAUGGCAAAAAUUUGGCUUGCUUUGUGGUGAAUAUGAAUAUUUCAACAAUGCCUGAUAAAUAUUCUCUUGAAAUUGGUGCGCAGAAUGCUUUCAAACGUACGGAACAAAUUCGCGGGUGGGAGGAAGCGUGGAAUUUCUUACCUGGUUCAUAUUUCGGUAAUUCGUCCACACUUUUUAAUCCACCCAUUCCUGAAUGUGAUGGUGCACGAUGGAUUUUGCUUAAUUAUACCAAGUCCGAUCAAAGAGGGAAGAAAUGCAACGAUUGUUACGAUUUUUGUUUACCGGAGCUCGGUAUUGAAAGAGAUUAUCUGAGAGCGGAAACAUUUUUAAAUAUUAUACGCCGUAAUUGCUUUUACCUUUUUGUGCCGGAAUGGCGCUCCUUUGCAGCUGCAUACAAUGGUAAACAGAAUGAAUACGAUUUUCAACAACUUUAUUAUCAAGGCCUGAAUCAUGUAAACAGUGCUAAUAGUAAUAAGAGCAGCAGUAGUAAUGGUGGUGAUGGUAAGUAUGGGGACCGUCUUAAUGGGAUACACAGUGUUAUUGAUGACAUUAUACACCCGAUCACUGAUCAGUAUCGAAAUUUCGAGUCGAAAUGGAUUUCUCUGCAGGAAAUACCGCUGCCAUCACCAAGUUAUUCAAAACAAAUCAAGCAAUAUUCCCCAUCAUCUGUAGAUCAUAAAAAUUCUUUCACCGAAAUCCUGCAACCCUAUCAGAAUUUUGGAAGCGGAAAUAUACGACAACAAAAUAGUGCUUUCGGUAGCAGCAACAACAUUGGACAGUUUGCUUCGGCAACUAAAUUUAGCAGCCACCCAAACAGUUAUAAUUCGCAAUUACCCAGUGGUCAAACAUUCAAUGGUCUCUUAAACACAAUGAGCAUUGAUGGCAAGAAUAAUCAACCAAAAAGUAUCUAUGAUCAAUCAAUUGAGGAUGGUGAAAGCAUUUCUAAAAAGUCAAAUCAUUAUACUCCGCAGCCUGGAAUUGAUGUUUACAUGCAGCAGGCAGGAAAUACCGAGCAGAAUAAUCAAAAUGAUGGCCCGGGAAAUCAGCAAUCAGCCAACGAUCAGGGAUGGAUCACUGUUAGUUAG